AUGAAGGAUGAAUAAGCUGAAAUUACUACAGGUACAUCACGUUAAUCAGCAAAUAGAAAAAUACUCUUUCUACAUAAGAGUUAAAUAACAAAAUCUUAUAUUGAUUAGACAAAAUAAAUCUGUACUUAAUAGAAAAAAAAGAAACAACCCUUUCAAAAAAGAUAUGAAUAAGAAUAGGAGAAGAGUGAGAAGAGUGAGAGUAUUGAAAUGCAGAAAGAUUUAAUGAAAGUAGACAUUUUUGAUUGGUAAGGUUUCAUCGAUCAGGAAUAGGAUAUGAUAAAUAAAGUAAAUAAUGAGGAAGAUCAAUAAACUAAUAUAAAGUAAGGGUUAACUUUUAAAUGUAAAACAAAUCCUUGUAUAAAAUCUAUAGGAAAUGAUCGAUUUAAUUAUUUCUAUAAAAUGAAAUUAGCUAAGUAAUAUAUGAAUUUUACCUAAGCAAGUAGUUAUCAGCUAUAAGUACUUAAGACUUUUUGAAAAGUGUUCGGCACUCUUAAAAAUUAGAUGAUUACACAAAAUUAUACAAAUAGUAACCGCAUAAUCUUUAUUUGAGUCUAAAUUUCUCAUAACCUGAAAGGAUGCCAAAAACUUUUGGAUUAAUAUAAAAUACUCUACAAUUAACAAAUGCGAAUGCUAGUCACACUUUAAGAAAUAAUGAGGAUUGUAAUGCCUUUUCAAAUGCUAUGCUUACUUAAUAAAGUCGACAAAUAUAAGUAAUGCAAUUAAAUCAUAAUUAAUUUACUCCAAUUCAACUGCGUAAUAUAUUAACAACUUUUCCAAUAACUUUAAAAGAUUUAGAAUUAUAAAAUUGUAAGCUUAAUUAUAUGCAUAUGGAAUAAUUGAUGGCAUUUACAAGUAAGAAUUAAAUUUAUAAAUUGAAUCUUGAAAAUAAUAAUAUUAGAGAUUUAGGAUGCUAAAUAAUAAUGAAACAUCUCUUAACAAAUAAUACUCUAUAAUGUAUUAAUUUGAAUAAUAAUUAAAUUACAGAGUGUGCUUGUAAUGCCAUAUCGAAUUUACUAAAAUAAACAUAACGUCUCUUAGAGUUGUAUUUAGGGUAUAAUUUCUUUAAUGGGAGUGCAGGUACAAUAAUUUGGAAGGCUAUGUAUAAAAAUACUAGUGUUAAAAUUCUUGAUCUUUCUCAUAAUAAUAUAGCUUCAUUGGAAUGUGCAUAAUCAAUUAAUAAAGCAAUUUCACGUCCAUAUAAUGAAUUAUUACAUGUUGAUCUUUCUUAUAAUAAAUUUACAAGCCUCUAAGCUCAAAUAAUUGCUGAAGCUUUAUAAAAGAAUGAAACUAUAUAUGGGUUUCAUUUUGAAGGUAAUCAAUAAGAAUUAUUUGUCAACCCCAAUGGAUUUUUAAUUAAUAGUGUUUAAUAGUUUAAAUUGAGAUAGGAUAAAUUAUCAUUAUUAUAUAAAUAGCCAUAAUAUUUUAAAUUAUUAGAUGAACCGAAAAUAAAAGAAAAUAUUAUGUUAAAAAGAGAAGAGAUUUUAGUAAUGCCAUUUAGUAGAUAAAGAAAAAUAAGAUCUACAAAAUUGAACAAAUAAAAUUUUAAUGAAAUUAAUAGACUUGAUACUUGUUGGAUUUGUGAAGGAUGGCAAGAAAUAAAAUUUGAAUGGACUGCUCAUAAAUCUGGUAGUUUAUAUAAUGAACCUAUUUUCAUUCAUUUUGAUUUUGAAGAAUAUAGACCACUUUUAAUGACAUUUUUAAAUAAUGAAUUCUUUUUUGUGAAAAUGUGUCCACCAAAUAAAGAGAUUCAUUAUUUCUUUACAAAUCCAAUAUUAAGUACAUAAUAAGCAGCAAUGGAUUAAAAUAUGAAACAAAUGAAUAUUCAAUCAAUGCCAUUUUUAUACAAUGAUGAAAUUUUAGUAGAUGGAAAUGUAAUGGAUUAAGUUAAUGUCUAUUAUACAAAUGAUAAAUAAAAGUUAUUUGAUAAAUAUAUGCCUAUGGUCCAAUGUAAACCUAGAGAAUAAUAAGCUAAAUUUGAUUUUUCUCCUUAUCUUAACAUAAAGAAACAUUGUUGGUCAGUUGAAAAUUCUAUUUUUAAACAUUUUUAACCUGAUACACCUAAUCUUAUUGAUGAAUGUUUUGAAUUUGAUUUUUAAAAUUCAAAAGUCACUCGUUUAGUAAAAGAUACUGAAUUAAAUGAAAUAAAAGAUAAUCUUAAAAUACUUUAUCGUUAACUUUUUCAUUGUUAUAAGUAUCAUGCUUCAGGAUCAUUGAAUACACCAAUUCCAUGCAUAACUUUAUAAGAUUAUAUUGAUUUUUUACUAUAAACAUCAUUAUUGGAUGGAUAUAAAACUAAUGAUAUUGACAUAAGUUUUACAUCUACAUCAGCUGCAAAAGAUGUAUAAUUUCCAUAGGCUUAUGAAAAAGGAUUAGUUCGUUGUCAGCUUUUGGAAAUAAUGAUUAGAAUGUGCAAUGAUAAAUUUAUAAGAUAAGGUAUUUGUACAACAAUGAGUGAAGCUAUUAGUUUGAUUCAUAAGUAAGCUUAAGAACACUUUUCUAAAUUUGAUUAAGCCUAAAUGUGGAGGAAGAGUAGAUUAUGGAAUUAAAAAUGUGAUAUUAUUUUGAAUGAUCGUUUAGCCAUGUUAAAAUCAUUAUUUAAAUAUAUUAGUCGUUUAAGUAAGAAAGACAAAUAAUUAUAUAAAUAUGAUUAUAUUUCAGUAUAAGAUUUUAAAGAUUGGAUAGUAUAAUGUAAAUUAAUUUGUGAUGAUCUUACUGAAAGAGAAUGUUAUUUGAUUUAUUUACAAUCAAUGAUAACUUAAAAAGAUGAAUUAUAUUCAAGUAAACAUUAUCAAAUGAAUUUCCAUGAAUUUAUUGAAGCUGUAGGUCGAUUGGCUGAAAAAUUAUCAAUCAUUAGAGGGGAUAAACCAUUAGAUGUUGAUGAUAGAAGACCUUUUGAUUUGACAUCUAAAAUUGAUGGUUUACUUCUACUUUUAUAUCUUAUAAUUGGAAAUGAUAUGAAAUAGACUCUAACAACUAAUGAUCCAGAUAUUAGAGGUGUUGAUAAAUGUAUGAUUAAUGAUUUCAAAUCUUUAAAAUAAAAAUUAGAAGAUUCAUUCACUGAUGGUGAUGAACCUCCUUAUGAUCCAAGGGUCGAAUUACCUCAUUUAUAAAAUCAAAUUACUAAUCUCUUAGGAAAUACUAUUGGUGGUAAAAAAUAAACUUUAAGACAAUAACUUAAAUAAGUUAAAAGAGAAGAACAAAAAUUCUCUCUCAUUAAUUUUGUUCAAUAUUUUAAGAGUAUUUAAUAAGUUCAUGUAGAUCAUGAUGAAUGA